AUGCCUCAGUCUCCAAGCAAAGGAGUGAUACUUGGCAUCAUGGUGGGAGCUGCAGGAAUCAGCCUGCUUCUUUUGUGGUACCACAAGGCCCGUAAACCCCGGAUGGCAAUGGAUUUACCUACACUGCUUUCCCUGGGUAGAUUUAAUGCAGUGACUUUGCAAGAUGAAAUGCAUAAUGAACAAGGGACAGCAAUGGUCUUCCAAGGAAGGCAACUUCAGGUGCUGGAGAAGCUAAAUGAGUUACUAACAAAUAUGGAAGAACUCAAAAAGGAAAUCAGGUUUGUUAAGGUUGCUAUUUCAGAGCUGGAAGAAUGUGUACACGGUGAACUUGAGGGGAAUGUGACUGUUCACCGGGUAAGCCCUCAGCAUAGAGCUAAGAAAAGAAGGCUCACCACAGUUCAAAGCUCAGCAACGAGUAAUAGCUCAGAGGAAGCAGAAAGUGAAGGAGGGUAUAUUACUGCAAAUACUGACACAGAAGAACAGAGUAUUCCCGUCCCUAAGACAUUCAACACACGUGUGGAGGAAUUAAGUUUAGAUGCCCUCCUUCAGAAGGUGGAUCAGUUACGUAUGAACGAAUCGACCAAGUCAGAGAGUUUUGAACUACUUUGUGACCAUAAGGAAAAGUUUAAAGAUGAAGUUGAGUUUAUUUGGCGGUUAGCUCGUUCUUAUGGGGACAUGUGCGACUUAUCGACAAAUGUACAUGACAAGAAAUAUUAUGCUAAUAUUGGAAAAUCUUUAGGUGAAAGAGCUAUUACUAGAGCACCUAUGAACGGAUAUUGUCAUCUGUGGUUUGCAGUUUUGUGUGGCUAUAUGUCUGAGUUUGAGGGCUUACAAAACAAAGUCAGCUAUGGACAGCGCUUCAAGGAACAUCUAGAUAAAGCAAUCCAAUAUAUACCUGAAGAACCCUUUUUGUAUUUCCUCAAUGGAAGAUACUGUUAUCAUGUUUCAAAACUCAGCUGGAUUGAGAAAAAAAUGGCUGCUACUCUAUUUGGAAAAAUACCUUCCUCAACUGUCGAAGAAGCUUUGAACAAUUUCCUUAAGACUGAAGAGCUCAACCCUGGUUAUUCCAAAUCCAAUUAUGCGUACUUGGCAAAGUGUUAUUUGGAUCUUGAGCAAAAGCAGAAUGCUUUGAAGUUCUGUAAUAUAGCUUUGUCAAUUCCUUCUGUUACGAAUGAGGAUAAACAAGCCCAGAAAGAAGUGGAAAAUAUGAUGACAUCUUUGAAGAUAUAA